CCAGAGGGGACCUGAAAUCCAGAAUCUUCUCCAAAUAGGAUGGAGGAAAUUAUUCUGAAGUUCUCAUUAAGCACAUUUAUCUCUCAAGCUUUGGAAGGAGCCAAAAUGCCAAAGGCAAGAAUUCCAGAGCACUGCUUACACUGUUUUGAUCUCCUGAUAAAUGUCUAACAAAUCCAGCAUGUGUCCUGUAGGCCUGACCAGUUGCUGGGCAGAGUUCCAGAACAGUGAGACAUCUUGGGAUUCAUCUGGUUUAGGAAAGACCUUUAACUACCAGGUGGCAGUCACCUCGAUGUUCUUUAAAUAGUCAAGUUUUGAGGUCUUUUCACUGGGGUCUGUUCUGAUGGCUGCCUCCCACCGGCGUGAAACAGAAGGAUGACCUCAUUCUGUGAGCAGGACAGCUGUGAAGGAAGGAGCUGCGUGUGUGAAAGUCUGUGGGAAGAGAGAGCCACCUACAAUGUCCCCACCAAACCAGUCAGUGGAAGGCCUUCUGCAGAGAGCUCCCAACAGAUCCCCGAAUGCCACAGAAACUCCAGGGGCUUGGGAUGCAGGGACCCUCCAAGCCCUCAAGAUUUCUCUUGCCGUGGUCCUUUCCAUCAUCACACUGGCCACAGUCCUUUCCAACGCCUUUGUGCUUACCACCAUCUUCCUGACCAGGAAGCUCCACACCCCAGCCAACUAUCUGAUUGGCUCCCUGGCCGUGACUGACGGCUUAGUUUCCAUCUUGGUCAUACCCAUCAGCAUCGCAUAUACCACCACCCACACCUGGAGCUUUGGCCAACUCCUGUGUGACAUCUGGCUGUCUUCUGACGUCACGUGCUGCACAGCCUCCGUCCUGCAUCUCUGUGUCAUUGCUCUGGACAGGGACUGGGCCAUCACUGGUGCCCUGGAGUAUAGUAAACGCCGGACGGCAGGCCAUGCGGCCGCCAUGAUUGCCAUCGUCUGGGCCACCUCCAUCUGCAUCUGCAUCCCACCACUCUUUGGGUGGCAGGCCACAGCUCAUGAGGAGAAGUCGGACUGCCUGGUGAACACUUCUCAGAUCUCCGACACCAUCUAUUCCAUCUGUGGUGCCUUCUACAUUCCCUCUGUGUUGUUUAUCAUCCUCUAUGGCCGGAUCUACACAGCCGCCCGGAACCGCAUCCUGAAUCCGCCAUCCCUCUACGGGAAGCGCUUGACCACAGCCCGUCUCAUCACAGGCUCUGCGGGGUCCUCACUCUGCUUGCUCGAUCCCAGCCUUCACGAGGGACACACUCACUCCUCCGGUUCCCCUGUCUUUUGUAACCACGUGAAGAUCAAGCUUGCGGAUAGUGUCCUGGAGCGCAAGAGGAUUUCUGCUGCCCGAGAGAGGAAAGCCACGAAAACCCGGGGGAACAUUCUGGGGGCCUUUAUCAUCUGCUGGCUGCCCUUCUUUGUUGCAUCUCUGGUCCUCCCCAUCUGCCGGGACUCCUGCUGGAUCCACCCAGCCCUUUUUGACUUUUUCACCUGGCUAGGCUAUCUAAACUCCCUCAUCAAUCCAACAAUCUGUACUGUGUUUAACGAAGAGUUUCGGCAAGCAUUUCAGAAAGUCGUCCAUUUCAGGAAAGCCUCUUAGUCUUGUCUGGUGGCGACUCUUGUUAUCUUCUAUGUCCUGUAACCCAACUGGAAUUGCCUUUUUUAUUUUUCCUGAGAGUGGGGUUAGUCCUGAUAUCUUGGGUUUUGGUUCAAUCAAUAGAAUUGUUCAGCAUUCUUUUUUGCCGUUGUUUUCUUGACCUCUGAGCCACCAACAGCUGAGCAGCUAUGUAAAAUGGGACAAGACUUCACUUAGUAUAAUAUUUUCACAGUUCAUCCAUGUUGGAAAGAAUGUGACCACAGGUUUCCCCAUCGAUGCAAUUCAGGCAGAAAGCUGCCUGACUGUAGGAAGACCCCAGGCUCAAAAGGGGAGGCUUUCUGGUCUACGUAAGUUUUGUAUGGAGCUUAAAAGAGGGUAGAUGAGAUUAUUGACCUGAGUUGAAAGAGAAUUUGGAGUCAGGUGGAUGGGUUUCCAUUCCAUGUGGCACCUUAAUUGGAAAUUAACACCCAAGUAUCAAUAUUUCUUCCACUGACUCCUUCUUAGAUUGAAUCUUCCUUAGUUGUUCAUGGGGAGAGAUUCAGCAUUGGAGGUGCCAAUGAUACAGAGUGACAGAGAGAGAUUCAGAAGCCAGGGGCAGGGGAGGGGGAUGGUUGGAACCAGAUAGCUACCCUGUGCCUAUCCUCCUUCCCCAGUUUCUCUGCACCAUCUUAAUGUUCUGAAGUUAAAACCCACAGUUACCCACAUUGAGGUAGAUUGACAGGAUUUGCACCCACCAAGCUUGGAAUACCAUUCUGAAUU